GUAUCUGAUCCCAUGUAACCACAUGAUGUUGAGUCAGCGGCGGGCUGUGAAAGAGAGAGACUGUUAUUCUGUAUCUGCUGCAAAACUGCUUGCCCUGACACCAGUCUGCUGCUCCACUGGGAUCACCUUGACUCUUGAAAGCGAAGGAAAAGAUUAUAUUCUGUGGACAAAAACAGCACAAACUAAAGAUGCUGGUAGGUGUUCUUCUGAAUCUACUUGCAUUGUGGAAUAUGGAAGAGCUGUGGACAUUGGCUACUUGCAGUACCUGGGCGAAGCUCAAGAAGCUAUUCUCCAGUGCCUGAAAGAUUGUAAGGUUUGGUCUGCCUUGUAUGACGGAGUAAACCCUGAUCCAGACACCUUUAUUGAAACACUUGCUGAGGAGAACAGUACAGACGUGGACCACCCCAUGUUUCGGCUCCAGCAACGGACACCUAGCAUAUGUAGCUCCUCUCAAGUAACUCCAUUCAGUGAGAAGAUGCAGUUGGAGCUAGAAUGGGAUGAUAGCUACGACACAGGGAUUUCUCCUGGUUCUGAUGUGAGCUCACCACAACCAUAUGAUGACCUGGGAAGCACAGAGCUGCAGCCACCUGCAGAGCCACCAAAACACAUUCAAGAAAUGAAAAAAAGUGCCAUCAUGCUCAUCAAAGGAUCUUACAUAGAAGAAUCAGACUUUCAGGAUGAUGUUAUGGUUUACAGAUUGUGUGCCCAGAAGGAUACUCAAGAUGAUGAUAACUCCAAGGAGAAAACUUUAAAUGUAGCCAGAGAACAUGAGGUCCAAAGACAGACUGUAGUCAAUGGGCCUCUUGCAAAAAGCCAGCUGGAAAUGGACUUGGAUGAGCACAGUAAGGGAAAGUCAAGCUUGAAUCAAGGUGUAAUGAAAGAACAAAUAAACCAGAAAAUUAUUGAGAUUGAUCCACAGCCAGACUUAGAGUUGAAGCUUUCUCCUCAGGAGGCAGAUUGUAACUUAAGUGUAAGACUGCUGAGCACAGAUGGUGAGGAUUUCAUUGCACAGUAUGACAAAAUUAUUAAGGAACUGGAUCCGAACACCGCAAGCUUGGAGGAGCAGAAGUUGGAUACUCCUGACCCCGUCUCUCCUGCAGAAGAGGAGGACGACUUUGAGAACUUCUCAGCAGACACUCCGUCUGCAGAGAGCAUGUCAUCUCCCUUCGGACCAAAGGAGGAUGUCACUCCCAAGCAUGCUUCGAGGAGCCAGAGUGCUCCAUUUACAGGACCAUUCAUCAGCGUAGUGUUGUCGAAGCUGGAGAACAUGCUGGAGAAUUCCUUGCAUGUAAAUUUGCUGCUUAUUGGGAUUAUUACUCAGCUGGCAAGUUAUCCACAGCCUCUUCUUCGCUCCUUUCUGCUCAACACCAACAUGGUGUUUCAGCCUAGUGUGCGGUCACUUUACCAGGUGCUGGCAUCUGUGAAAAAUAAAAUUGAACAUUUUGCUUCAAUUGAAAAAGACUUCCCAGGUCUUCUUCUGGAGGCCCAACAGUACUUGCUUUUUCGCGUGGACAUGUCUGAUGCUGCAGAAGAACUGCUAACCAAAGGUCACGUCCAGCACAGCAGCAACGCAGGGAAGGGAAGAAACCUCUCUGAAGCUUACCCGGCUGUACUCCAGCCUUUCCUGGGACAUAAAGGAAAGAAGGGCCUGGCUCAUCCCAGCCUUCCUGCGCACGUGAGGAAUGCUGUACUUGCAGCUGCCCUUUUCCCAGAGUUCCUGAAGGAGCUGGCAGCUCUUGCCCAGGAACAUUCCAUUUUAUGUUGCAAAAUACUGGAGGAUUUUGAGGAUUAUUAUUAG